AUGGAAGUUGUGGAAUGUAAAGAUAUGCACGAGGUUGUUGGCGAAAAUGAGUUGGAAGGUUGUGGGACUAGUGAAUUUGACAACAGGAGUAAGAGAGCUGAAGAGAGGUGUGUGGAGUUAGAAUCGGAGAUUGUAAGGAGGAAGAGUGAGUAUGAAGCUCUUGAGGCCAAGUUUAGGGCAUUGGAAGUCGAAAAGCUUGCUAUGGAAGAAGUGAUUAAGGCUUUGAAGAGAGAGAGUGAUGGAAUUAAGGAGCAGGAUAAUAGUGGCGGAGAUGAAAAGAAUAAAUUUUUGGGGGGAGAAAAGGGGACGGAGCGAAUUGUUGAUCUGACAGAGGAUAAGUGGGAGGAAGAUAAGGUCUUUCAGCUUAUGAUUGAGAACAAAGUAUUGGAGUGUGAGAAGAAACAGGCUGAGAAUGAGGUUGAGGCUUGGAAGGAAAAAUUCAGAGAAUUGGAAUUGGGGAUCUUAAAGUUGGACAAUAAUUUAGUCUUGAAAGGUGGGAAAGUUCCCUUGGCUGAAAGGAUUAGACUUGAGGAUGGAUCACCCAAUGUGGAUUCUCCUGAAGAUAGCCGGACUACGCAACCGAAUAAAAGGAUUAAACUUGAGGAUGGAUUGCACGUUGAAAGAGACUUGGAAUGUUCGAGAGACAAAGAUAUAGUUGUGGAUUUGGUGGAUGUUACAUGUCACUCCCUUGGUAAAGGGAUCUGCGAUCUGCAGUCAGCAGGCUCUACUCCCAAUGGCACACCAUGUAAGCAUCGGGAUGGUAUUAAGGAAGAGAAGAAAGGUGUCUGUAUGGAAUAUACUAACAGCAGACAAGCAAGGAAACAGCUAAAAUUUGAGGAAGAUGGGAGUCCUUGCAAGAAGAUGGCUCCAUCUACGCCUGGUGGUGGUGUACCUUCUUCUCUCAGUGUCAUUAAUAUUAGUGACAGUGAUGAUGAACGUAAUAUUACUCAUUGCCAUACACUUUUGCCUACUGAUGAUAAGGGAAGCAAAGAGGUUUGCAUUUCACUGGGUUCUGUAUUAGGAGAAACUGUGGGUUGUGAAAAAGGUAUGACUAUCAAAAACUGUAUAAAGCAGACAGAUACUGACCAUAAUGUUGAGGAAGAUACUGAUGAUAGCAAUGAGGCUUUUCUGCUUGCCUCAACACCCAAAAGAAAGCGUGCUUCUAAUAUUGUUACUAGUGACUCUGAAAGUAGUGAUGAUAAUAUUCCGAUCAUAAAACUCAAGAAAAUGCAUCUUCGGGAAAAAAUACAUGACCAAGUAGGAUCUGCUUCGGUGGUUGACAAUGCCACGGGUGCUAUUACCCCUCGAAGGCGGCGUCUCGUUAGGUUGAGAAAAUGUGGGGAAGGAGGUGGGGCAGAAGGAAACUAUUCAAACGAGGAUGUUGAAGAUGAUGAAUUAUUCGAAGAGGUUGGGUUGGAUAGUGAAGGUGAAAGCUUGGGUGGAUUUAUUGUGAAUAGUUCUGAUGAUUCUGAAGGUAAUGAUGCUUCUACCAAGUUGGAAGAUUCCUCAGAUGAUAAUGUGAACUUUGAUGAGAUCCUAUCGAAAUUUCAGAGGAACAAAGAUCAUAAAUCGAAAUGGGAGUUUGAGGCAGACAUGCUUGCUGCAUUUGGUAAGGAUCCAUAUCUGUGCAUGAAGGCUGUAUGUGCUCUUUAUAGACAGCAGACAUGUGAAGAAAAAAUUAGCAAGGGAUCAUUGUGCAACAAUUAUCGUGGUUUUAGCAAGUUCGACGCUCUCAGGGGCUCUGUGUUGGCUGAGUUUCUCACUGGUGGAGACCCAAAUGGAGAUGUGAACAAAACAGUGAAGGAGUUGGAGGAGUAUGACCCAAGGGGCAUCGAACAAUGUAGAACAUUGGCAAGUCGUUACUCUAAGCAACUGUUCGAGAUCUACAAUAACAAAGAGGAUCCUCUGUUUCUCCCAUCAUUCUGA